AUGUCCCGCCUUUUAACUCGCCGCUUCACCUCCCUCAUCCGAGCACCCACAACUCGAUUUUCAUCAACAUUCCAAUCCCGUCCCGGUCCUCCAAAGCUCCCCGCCUCAGAACAAGCCGAAUUCGAGCGUCUACAGCGCGCAGCGUCUGUAUCGUCUGCUUUCCAACCUACACAAGAAACGACAGAAGCCACGGGGGCUACACCUGCUACUUCGCAGAUUAAACAUACGACUACACCCGAAAAGAAAACCGACGAUGAGAUGAACGUGGGUUACUUCCGUGGUGCGCCGCCAGAGUUUGAGGGUGAUGUGAAUCCCAAGACUGGAGAGGUUGGAGGACCAAAGAAUGACCCUCUUCGAUGGGGUGGGGAGAGUGAUUGGUCUUAUAACGGACGAGCAACAGACUUUUAA